GACAUUAUUCUAUCCUUGCUGUCCUGUCGUUCCGGGAUUACAAUGACGUCACACUGAUACCCUUGCAUGGGUGAAUGCUAAAGAACUAUAGAGGCACAAAUAAUAGCACAAGCAGAGUCCAUAUCUUGCAAGUCUUACGUUAUCCUUUAAGCCUUCUUCAGCUAAUACAACAACCAUUUUUGUACUUAAUGACGCGUAAUUUCAUUUUCUUAUCAUUUCCUUCGGGGGAUUAUUCAUAUAUAAAACUAUCUGCAGCUGUUGGUACCAGCCUCAACUCUCCCUCCUAAGUGCAAUCAUCUAUUAUUGAGCGAGAGGCCGUGCGUGGAAAUGUGUGUAAGAAGGUGGAUUUGAAGUAGAAUUGGUUACAAUCGAUCAAGGGUGAAGAAUAUUCCUGAUGUUAACAAAAGAAGCAGCUAUGUCUUUCUCUCAGUUUGGAUAUCCUUAUAAUGCAACUUCACAGUUUUUCGUGUCGGCAAACCCCAGUACGACUUGCUGCGAUUCGAUUUCCAGGUCGGUCUCUGACGGGACGAGUGGUACCCAGACUCCUGCUACCUUCUGCUGCCCUUCCUACGAGAACCGGCUCCUGGCCAGCACACGGACAGAGCUCAACGCGGCACUAGGGAUGUAUAGCUCGCCCUACGCUGCCGCGGCCGCCGCCAGCCAGAACUAUGCCAGCUACUUCCCCUACAGCGCCGAGCCCUCCGCUGCUAUCUACUCAUCUCUGAAUCCACAGUAUGAAAUGAAGGAUGGCACAGGCACUCUGCAUUCUGGCAUAACUCAACCUGCCACCUACUAUCCUUAUGACCACUCACUGGGCCAGUACCAAUAUGACAGGUAUGGGACUAUGGACUUUAAUGGGUCAGCCAGGAGGAAGAAUGCCACACGUGAGACCACCAGUACCCUGAAGACAUGGCUGUACGAGCACAGGAAAAACCCCUACCCCACCAAGGGCGAGAAGAUCAUGCUGGCCAUCAUCACCAAAAUGACCCUCACCCAAGUUUCCACCUGGUUCGCCAACGCCAGGAGGAGGCUAAAGAAGGAGAACAAGAUGACCUGGUCACCAAAGAAUAAGGCUGGGGACGACAGGAAGGACGACCUGGAUAAAAGUGACCAAGACUGUGUCACCAAAGAUUCCAGUGAGUGUAAAGAUGAGAAAGACCUUCAUCUGAGUGACCUGGAGGACAUGGAGGACGAGGACUGUGACAAGCUGGACAGUGACUGUGAGAAGAUCGCAACCAGGGGCCCUGAGGAACAGCAGGACCUCCACAGGGCCAUGUCCAGUGGUGGUGUUGGCUCUGGAGGCCUUCCAAAGAGAGACUGCAGCUCAGAGCUCUCCCUCUCCUUGCCCAACAGCUUCCACCACUCAUUCCCAUGUGGUAUCAAGAGCCUACCCUCCCUGCCCUCUCUACCCACCAUGCCCUCGGACUUCCUUGAUCCACUGGUGACGUCCAAGCCCCCCUCCACCACCACCACCAUCCCCACGGGCACUCACACUGUGUCCCUGUCACACUUUGAGGGGUCGGACCGGGACAAACCGAGGAUCUGGUCUCUGGCGCGUACAGCGGCCACGGGGGUCAUCCUGGGCUCUGCUCACCACGGGGCCCCAGAGCUCCGGACAGGGAGCAUGCUUGGAAACUGCCAUCUACAGGGGACCAGGCUACCAGUGACUGGUACCAGACAGUGUGGGCCCCUCCGGGGCCUCCAGGAUCCUACUAACAUAUCCAAUGCUGAGAACCCUUUCCAGGAGGGCCCCUUGUUGCAAUCUAAGGUCUAUAGUGCAGGCAGCUACAACCACAAGGCCCUCCAACUGCACUGUUCCUCCUAUCCUGCGCUUUCAGACUCAUGCCAGUACUCCACUAUUGAAGGAUUCUCCAGUGGGAAGGCAGAGACAGAGCCCUCGGAACUCAGUGACACAUGUGUGACCCUGCAGGAUGACAAGGUCACUGCCUUCAGACCUGUUAUGAAGAGGUUGAUGGACACGCAGUCGUUACACAGUGGGACUUUGAUUUAGCCGGUCUUAGGCUAUGCACUAUAAAGACUUGGGAUGACGACGAGCACCGGACAUCCUACCUACCUUACACCUGGGAACUGCGGCGCUCCGCAGUCAAAGCUCGAUGAGCCCUGUCCAAACUGUGGAAGCUGCCAUCAUUUUGCACAACGUUGUUUUUAUGGUGUUGACGAUGACUUUAUGCAAGACUUUGAAAUGCAACGGUAUGGGAACUGACGGUCAAUUCAUGAUGUAUGCAAAGGGCAAUCGUAGUGUAGCAAUGUUAUUUAUUUAUUUGUGUAUUUAUUAUUUGAUUCUCAUCUGUUCAUGUAUUUAUUUCAUAUGUGUCAUUUAAAUAUUUUGUUACAUGUAUGUAUUGUUUCAACUGUGGUUGUGUGCUAUUUUUACCUGAUUUAAGGGAGAAAUACUUAGCUUGUUGUUGGUCUUUCUGUUCGCUAAAAGAGUGGGAUUUAUCGAGUUGUAAUUGGAAUUGUCUUUUGCGUGUGUCGACCUGGAGAAAUUGUUGAUUGUGUUGUGUUCCUCUCAAAGAUAAUUGUGAGCUUAUUCUGUG